UGCCUUGGACUCCUUCACUCUCACAGCUUUAUUUCAUCUUCUUCUGCCCCUUUCAGCUUUUUGUCACCACCACCACCACCACCACCGGCGGCAACGGCAGCAGUACGACGGGCUCCGUACACCACCACCACCAUCACUACGACUACCGGCAGUCUGCAUUUCACAUUUUAGAUGUCUACGAGUGUAUGCUCAUCGGAAUCAGACAACAACAACAACAACAACAACAACAUUUUCAGUACGAGUGGAAGAUGUAUUGAGGAUGAGAGUUGCAGUCUGAGUGCUGACGUCAGCGAGUCGGACAGUUCGAGUGGUUGUUUCUCCGGUUCGUUGAAAUCGUCGUCGUUUGCUGCUUCUAAUUCUGUUUCCGGCAAUGAUUUGAACUUUCCGGUGCCACCGUUUACGUUUCCGGUGGUUGGCGGGAAUGAUGACGUCAUGGAUUGGGAUAAGAAGAAGAUGAAGAGAGGGCCUGAUUCUGAUUUAUCUGAAAUUGAUAUGAUGAAGGAGAAGUUUGCGAAGCUUCUGCUUGGAGAAGACAUGUCAGGAGGAGGCAAAGGUGUCUGUACCGCGUUAGCGAUUUCAAAUGCGAUAACAAAUCUUUCUGCUUCUGUGUUUGGGGAGCUAUGGAGGUUGGAGCCCUUGGCAUCUCAAAAGAAGACAAUGUGGCAGAGAGAGAUGGAUUGGCUGCUAUCCGUUAGUGACUCCAUCGUAGAUUUUGUACCUUCAAUACAACAAUCUUCCGAUGGUGCAACUUAUGAAGUAAUGGCAACGCAUCCACGAGCAGAUCUGGCUCUAAAUCUCCCUGCUUUAAAGAAGCUUGAUUCAAUGUUGAUCACUAUGCUAGAUGGGUUUUGUAAGACAGAGUUCUGGUAUGUUGAUCGUGGCAUCGUUCUAGCAGAAGGUGACAGCUGCGAAGCAUGUUCGCCCCGUCUCUGUAACGGACGGCCUUCAGUUAGGCAAGAAGAAAAGUGGUGGCUGCCAUAUCCUAAACUCCCGCCCAACGGGUUAUCCGAAGAUGCAAGAAAGAAGUUACAGCAGUGCAGAGACUGCACAAACCAGAUACUCAAAGCGUCCUUAGCUAUAAACAGUAAUGUACUUGCUGAAAUGGAGAUUCCAAAUGCCUACUUGGAAUCCUUACCCAAGAAUGGGAAAGCGUGUUUAGGGGACAUUAUCUAUCGCUACAUUACCGCAGAAAAGUUUUCUGCUGAACAUCUUCUUGAUUGUCUAGACUUGUCAUCAGAACACCACACUCUAGAGAUAGCAAAUCGGCUUGAGGGAGCGAUUUAUGCAUGGAGAUUAAAGGAUUCCAAUUCAAAAACCAAACACUCAUCAUGGAGCGGGAAAGUUAAGGGUUUAGUUCUUGAUGGUGACAAGAGCGCAUAUUUAGCACAAAGGGCCGAAACCCUGUUACAUAGUUUAAGACUUCGGUUUCCUAGCCUUCCUCAAACGGCAUUGGAUAUGAACAAAAUUCAAUAUAACAAGGAUGUUGGGCAAUCGAUACUGGAAAGCUACUCAAGGGUACUGGAGAGCCUAGCAUUUAACAUAACCGCAAGAAUUGACGACGUCAUGUUUGUAGACGAUGCUACAAAACAUUCAGAAUCAUUAUCCACUUUUAACAGAGGCGGUUUAGGAGGGCGGCCGAUACAAAAACGAAUGGCACCGAGUCCAUUCUCAAUCCAACACACGCCUUAUUCGUCACCAUUUGCUACCCCAACUUUCUCCACAUCCCCUAUUUUGAUCCGUAGCCCGGCUAGAGCGCAUCCUACGCCUAUUAACGAUGAUAAUUGUUCAAAUGAUAAGUUAGAUACCCCGAAGCCUGCUGACCUGGAGAAGCUAUGGAAGUUUGCUGGAAGUAGUAAUGUGAUAGAGAGAGAUUAGUUUGAUUAGUGAGUGUAUAUGUAGUUAGUUGGUUAGUUACCCUUAUGGGUUUCUUAUUAUGCUUAGUAGUAAGGAUGAUAUGAGCACAUCGAGUUUGAUCCUUCUGUUUUUGUUGUUAUUACCAAAUUGGGGAUAAUCUACUUCAUGUCGUUUUUCUUAAAA